AUAAUAAAAAACCAACCGAAGUACAAAAAUAUGAUCUAAUCAAAUCCCCAAAAGAACCCGAGAUGUACUCAUGCGCUAGAUUUAAAGAAAUGCCCUCGGCGCAUUCUUUCUUUGUUUUAUUUAUUUCACCUUUUUGCUUUUCUUCUCUUAUUUUUUUCGCCGAUAAUGGUUGAGUGGAUUCAAUAUUGGUAGCGAUCUAGAUUUGGAUUGAAUUGAUAUUUGAAAACAAGUUAAAGUGGGAAAUCAUGUCCGAGAAAGGAACCGUCCUUAUUACGGGUCUUACCGGCUUCCUUGCCGGUCGAGUUGCCGAAGCUGCUUUGAAAACCGGAUAUAAUGUGCGCGGCACAGUCCGUGAUUUGGAAGCCGGAGCUGAGAUACGGAAAGCGUUGUUGGAGCUAGGCUACAAGGGCGAUGUCGAACUUGCGAAAGUCCCCGAUAUGACGGAGGAUGGUGCCUUUGACGAGGCUGUAAUCGGAUGCACCGCAAUUCUACACCUUGCUGCGCCAGUCCGCGACACAUGGACGUUAGAACCACCAGAGGUGCUUCGCCGAGGCGUGAACAGCACAACUGGGCUCCUUGAUUCCGCCCUCAAUAAAGCAGGCCCGCAACUACAGAGCGUAGUACUUAUGGGAUCAGCAGCAGCAAUUUUCGAUGUGCCGCCAAAACCAGGUGUCUACUCGGAGAAGAACUGGAACACGACAUCGGAAGCAGCCGUCGCAGAGCUCGGUAAAGACGCUGGUGGUCUGCAGGCAUAUUGCGCUAGCAAAACCGCAGGAGAGAGGGCAUUCUGGAAAUUCCGAGAAGAAAAGAAACCAGCGUUUAGUAUGACUGCUGUUCAAGCUACCUAUUUUAACGGGCCACCCCUAGCGCCGUGGAAAAGCAAAGACCAGAUCCCAUUCUCCCUCGGCACAUUCUGGAAAGUACUUCAAGGAGGAGAGAUCCCAGGAUCAUCACUCAUGUACGAGGGAACCGUAGACGUUCGAGACACGGCGCGCGUGGUUGUAUGGUCGAUACUGAAUCCCAAGGAAGCCGACGGGGAGCGGUUCCUUUGCGCCGCGGCAACUGGAGGAGCGCAAGCUAUCGCUGAUAUCGUAAAUAAGCACAUACCCUCGUUAGGCGUAGCGAAGGGGAAUCCCGGUCAAGGCUACGAUCCUGGGUACCCAUCCACAAGUGGCAAUAUAGCGUUUGAUGGGAGCAAAGCUCGGGCGGCGACUGAACAAGAUUGGAUUCCAUUUGAAACAUCUGUCCUUGAUACUGCGAAGUUCUUGGCGCGAUAUCUCAAGUAGCAAGGACGCGAGAAUGUGGGUGGGUUUCGCUAACACAAUUAGUGUGCUGGCCCCCACGACGACGAUGAAAUAAUAUGAAUAUACGAAAUCAAGAGAAGAUUAAGCAGGCCCAAUCCCGUUUUUAAUGGAUAUGCAUUGUUCAUAAUCAU